UAUUUUAGUUAAGCUGUCUCAAAAACGAUUCAUAUCCAAAACCAAAACCCUUGUCCCUUAACCAAUUCAGCUCUGAAGAAAGAAAGAAAAUUAAAAGCUUGCUAAUCGGAUAAGAUUAGACCUAAGACUAAAGGAGAGAGAGAGAGAGAGAGAUGGUUUUCUUCUUUAGCAGAUGAUCUUUCCAAAAUUUUCUAAGAAUGGCGUAUUAGGUAAACGAUCACAGCUCAAUAACAGAUUGGUGGGAGAAGCUGACUCGAUUUUGUGGUGUAGAUUGGUCAGAAAGAAAGAAGAUAUUGUGGAAUCUGCAAGUUUUUAUAUUUUCACUAAAAAUAGAUUUCAGUUAAAAAGAGGGAGGACGCACGACUAGAAAAAAAUGGGGAAACACCACAAAUCAUCAUCUUUCAGAAGCAAAGCAGUGCACUUUGUCACCGAUUUCACCGCUGGUCUUCUUCUUAAUCCCAUCUCUGAUAAACCCCCCUCCUCUGCUUCGCCUCCUCUUCCGGGUGAGGAAGAUGAGUCUAAUAAGAGAAAUCAACUAGAAUCUCUUACUGAGGAGGAGCAGCAGCAGCCUAAGAAGGAUUUGGUAGACGAGCCAGAUACUUCUUCUUUCUCUGCAUUCCUUGGUUCACUGUUAUCUUCAGACCCCCAAGACAAAAAGAAGGAUCAGGAUCAAGACGAAGAAUCAGAAGAAGAAGAAGAAGAAGAAGAAGAAGAAGAAGAAGAAGAAGAAGAAGAAGAAGAAGAAGAAGAAGCUGAGGCAGAAACAAGUGAUACAUCAUCAUCUUCGGUGAAUCAUAUUGGAAAAAUGAAGGAGGCUACUAGUGGUGGUGUUAAGAAGAGCUUGUUGUCUAAGUAUAAACAGCAUUUGAAGAAUUUUUACCAGGCUGUUAAGUUUCCGGGGGGCAAGCAAAGAAAGGUAAAUUCUGAUGUGAUACCAGACGAUGAAGAGACUGAAUAUGAUGGCUUGGAGAUGAAGCCGAUGCAGGAUAAUAAUGUCAAAGAGGAAGCAAAGAUAGUGCAAGUAAUUCUACCUGAAGUUUCAGAGCCCUCUUUGCUUUUAUCGGACCAGUCAAGACGUUCCUUAUAUACUUCACUUCCUGCGCUUGUUCAAGGGAGGAAAUGGAUAUUGCUUUACAGUACAUGGAGGCAUGGCAUAUCACUGUCCACACUGUACAGGAAAAGCCUCCUCUGGCCUGGUCUCAGUUUACUGGUUGUCGGAGACAGAAAAGGUUCAGUUUUUGGUGGUCUUGUCGAGGCACCUUUGAUUCCAACUGAUAAAAAGUAUCAGGGAACCAACAGUACAUUUGUUUUCACAAAUAAGUCAGGACAACCCGCGAUAUACCGUCCCACAGGUGCAAAUCGGUUCUACACUUUAUGCUCCAAGGAAUUUCUAGCUCUGGGAGGUGGUGGACGGUUUGCUCUCUAUCUAGACAGUGAGCUGCUAAGCGGAUCAAGUGCUUACUCAGAGACAUAUGGGAACUCUUGUCUCGCAAACUCUCAGGACUUUGAUGUGAAAGAAGUGGAGCUAUGGGGAUUUGUAUAUGGCUCAAAGUAUGAUGAGAUUCUAGCUCUCAGCAAAACAACGGAGCCUGGUAUCUGCAGGUGGUCAUGAUCCUGAUGAAGAUUUUGAAAAAGAAAAAAAUGAGAUUCAAGUGAAGAAGUUUAGCUUCUUGUAAAAAAUGUGUAGUAAAAGUGAUGAUGAAUGUUGUUGUCCUUCUUACCUUGUAACUUGGCUUAAAAGAUCACAUCUCUCUCUAA